GAAAAGUUUCUGACUGAAUAGCGAACAUUGCAGACGAUGGUCAGCCUGUGCAGCCUGAUUGUUGGUCUGCACUGGAUCACUUGUCGCCAGCAGGCUAAAGGUUAAGAAGGGGACAGUGAUAUUAUGAGACGUCUGUAGACGUAUGAAAGAUGGCAGGAAAGUCACCAGGAAGUGAAAGGCAGAAAACAUACAUUAUAUCACAUGAAAAGAACAUUAUUUUUUCGAAAACUAUUAGCAGAGAUAAUCAAUAUUUUCAAUAUGAUACAUAAAACAUAAUUUUUAAGAUGUCGUGCGCUCGGGAUAAGAUGUCGUGCGCACGAGAUAUGAUGUCGUGUGCUCGAGAUUAGAUGUCGUGCGCACGAAGUAAGAUGUAGAGCGCUCGAGAGAAGAUGUCGUGCGCACGAGCAAAAAUGAUACAAAAAUAUAUUCAACGAUAUGUGUCACAUUGCUAUCUGCACAAUAUGCAACAUUUGACAGCAAAAGUCUACGUUAUUUUUUAACAGCCCUGUUGAACGUAAUUUUGGUAAAAAUCAUUCAUAAUAUGAAAUGAAAAUGUUUGUUAAACGUGUUGCAUUAAAAUAUCUUUCAUUUAUCAUAUAUACUGCAUCUGGUGUCCAUUCUGUGAAAUAUUUCUAUUUUACCUAGAACAGCAGACAAAUAUCUCUGUACUUGAUUACAAUCAAUAGAACUGCCUCUGAUUGCAAUUUUAUUUUAUUUUAUUGACAAAUACUUGAAUUAUUUAUUCCAAGCAUCUUAAUUUGUUCGUCUCUGUUAGAAUAAGACUACUUUCAUCUACUGAGGACAUUAACACAUUUCAUUAUAAAUCUUGUGAAUAAAAACGAAAUUAUUAUGCCUCAGUAAAGCUGUUUUUUAAAAGCACUAUCAAUUAUGUAUGUAGAUAAGGUGUUUCACAGAAUGUAUUUAGUCACGUUAAAAUGGUUGUUAAUGUUGUACUUCUCUACCUUGUAUUUUGUUCAAAUCACAAGAUAAAUGACAAAACAAAUACCUAGUAUUAUCUAUGUUUCUAAUAUGAAAUUAUGUCUGGAAUUAAAGAUGUCAAGUUGUUCACGCCGGAAGACCAUCAGUGAUUACCAAAGCACUCGAAAAAUGUGAAAAUGUCUGACAGUGAUAAACUGACAACUGAGGCGUUAAAUGACCGUGAUGGCCUAGGUCCGAUGGUGUCCGCUACUUCUAUAGAACACUUGUCGGAAGAGGCGUCUAAGGUUUCAGUCUCUAGUGACGGAUCCAGUCAGGCUGAAAGUCCAAUUUUUCAGAAAUGGAACAACCCGACAAAUUUACCUCCAAGAAUUAAUUUCUUUAAAUUCAUCGCGGCAACUCGUGCUUGGCAACGACGGGCUAAAAAAAGGAAAGUCACAGAGAAACCGCCUGUUUACUAUGAAAACACUUACAGAAUGACACCAGAGAAAGGAAAAUAUUUUUCACCCUCUAAAGUAGAGAAGUUGUUGAAGGAAACGUUAGAAAAGAGACUCAAAUCCAUGAAGUAUUCACCAGACGGAUGCCGUAUCACCACAAGGGAAUUAUGUGCUGAUAUAAAACGCAAAGUAAAAGAAAUGGAUUUUCCACGAUACAAAAUAAUUUCUGAGGUAUUGAUCACGGAGAAUAAACGACAGGGUAUUCAGGUAUCAAGUAGACCACUAUGGAACGCCAACACUGACAACUUUGCAUCAUAUACAUACAGGAAUGCAACACUCAUCGCCGUCGCAAACGUGUAUGGAGUUUAUUACGAAUAACUAACAAAACCCCGAACACCGACCCCUACGGAACCUCAGCAAUGACAUUUUUUGCAUCCUAAAAUGCCAAACGUAGUGUAGUUACUCCAUGCAUAUUGUUUUUCAUGAAUAUGUAUGACGAAUAUUAAUUUGAAUCCGUCAUUAUAUAUUGGUCAUAUAUACAGUCACUAAGUUCCACUCACUGCUGUUGUAAACAUUAAUGGGUUUUAAACAUUUUACGAACAGAUAAUAAAUGCUAGUACAGUUUCGAAAUUUUUAGCAGUCUCCUAUGGAACAUAAUUACUGAAAGUUGCUUUGAUAGCGUAUAAAAAAAUGCCGGUAGUGUUGUGAACAAAAUGAUACAAUGUUGAACAGAAGUACACAUGAACAGCCAUGUACCCACGGAGCUCCAUAACUUUAAUCAUUCACAUACGAAAAUAACAGAAUGUGAAACCGCGAAAACAUGAUGAUCCGAAGAGAACAACGUAUUUUUGGAUUGUUAUUCAUUUUUGUCUCAUUCAGUUGCCACCAAUGAAUACCAGUUACACUUUAUGUGCAUUUAAGGUUGUUAAUAGCCGCCAACGGAACGCUACAUGGGCAAAUCCUCCAGGGGAGUGUUUGAAAAAAAAUGGAGGAUAGUGCAAGAUCAAUUCCUCAGGUCCAGAGUUGUCACUGAUUCGUCAACAAAAUGAUUAAGGUACAAAGAUGAUAGAGAAAAUCCAGUGUGUUGCCGUCUGCUUUGUAUGGGAAGGUGAGAUGUAUUUUUCACGGAGCUUUUAAAGCCUUUACUUCUUGCUGCAAUAUUUGACUGAAUGAACAUUGUUUGUAUCGAUAAAUCAACUAAAUGCCCUAUAUGGAAAUUAAAGAUAAAUGAUGGAAUCAAAGUAAACUUAGCUUUUGUUCGUUCGUAGUGUUUUCAGACAUAUAUAAGGAUAUGCGCGAAUAGGCACCAGAUGGACUGAUCAUUUCGCUGUGGUUGCAGACAAUGUGGUAUAAAGGCGAGCGAUCUGUACGCUUUAAAAUCAACCCUAUGUGCAUGGUCUUGUGCCAGAAAGUUAUGUUUGGCAUCACUUAUCUCUCUUAAGUAAUUUAGUGAGCAGUAAAAUAACAGAAUUGACAGUUUUAUAUUAUGUUUUAUAGUGAUUUUUGAUUUGAUACGACAGUGAAAAAAUAUAUUUGCAAAUUCACAAACGACCAAACUGAAAUAGUG